ACUGUCCUCUUCCCGACUCCCAUCCCGCGUUUUUGCAUUUCUUGAUCAUUUUAAUUUCACUCCAACUAUAAUUCAAUCUCUACUUUCAAAAACCAGAAAUAUUUCCUCUCUUUCCUUUUCUGUUGUUUUGUUUUCUCAUCAUAUGAGUAUGGCAAAGGGAUUCAGAGUCAAGUUUCUUUUUGUUGCUCUUCUCAACCUUUGGGUCGUCCACCAGGCGGCUUGUUCAAUGAACGUCAGUAGCCAUGGACAUCAAGCUCACUCUCGGUUCCUUCUGGACAAUGGGGUUUCUCGCACUCCGCCGAUGGGUUGGAAUAGCUGGAAUCACUUUCAUUGCGAUUUAAAUGAGACGAUUAUAAGGAGUACUGCGGACGCUCUUGUUUCAACUGGUUUGGCAAAACUUGGAUACAAGUAUGUAAAUCUUGAUGAUUGUUGGGCUGAAGGGGAAAGAGACAAGAAGGGUAAUUUAAGGGGCAAGCUCACUACCUUUCCAUCUGGCAUUAAGGCCCUUGCAGAUUAUGUUCAUUCCAAAGGCUUGAAACUUGGGAUAUAUGCUGAUGCUGGUAAUAGAACCUGCAGUAACCAAAUGCCUGGCUCUCUUGGGCAUGAAGAUCAAGAUGCAAGGACUUUUGCUGAAUGGGGGGUUGACUACAUAAAGUAUGACAACUGCUACAAUGAUGGUUCCAAAAAUCGAGGGAGGUAUGUGAGGAUGAGUCGUGCAUUGCAAAAAGCUGGCCGCCCAAUCCAUUACUCUUUAUGUGAAUGGGGACAAGAGAAACCAGCAAUAUGGGCUGGUGCAUAUGGCCAUUCUUGGAGGACUACAGGGGAUAUUAAUGACACCUGGGCAAGUAUAACCUCAAUUGCAGAUGCAAACGAUAUUUGGGCAAGAUAUGCUGGACCUGGCGGGUGGAAUGAUCCUGACAUGCUGGAAGUGGGCAAUGGAGGAAUGACCGUAGAGGAAUACCGGUCUCAUUUUAGUAUUUGGGCUCUUAUGAAGGCUCCUCUGCUUCUUGGAUGCGAUGUUUCAUCUGCCAGCAGAGAGACUCUAAGUAUCAUUGGAAACAAAGAAGUGAUAGACAUUAAUCAGGACCCACUAGGAGUUCAGGGGAGGAAAAUACGAACCAAAGGUGGCCUUGAGAUUUGGGCAGGGCCAUUAUCAAGGGGAAGGGUGGUGGUAGUGUUAUGGAACAGAAGCCGCGCGAGAGCACCAAUCUCCGUGGGAUGGAGAGAAAUUGGACUCUCUCCUUCUCGUCCUGUCACUGUUAGGGAUGUGUGGAAGCACAAAUUUGUUGCAAUGAAAAGGCGCUAUAGAUUGACUUCAAGCGUUGCUUCUCACUCUUGUAAGAUGUAUGUUAUGACACCAUUUAGUGGAUGAAGGAGGCUCUUAAGAAGAAUUCCCAUUAUUUGAGACAAUUUAAUUUGGGAUGAUUUAAUAUUUUUAGGCUUUUCAUCAAUGCUGUAUUGACAUGGCCCUUCAGAUCUUCCAUCUUUUUUCUGAUACUCCAAAAGAAGUUAGGGAGAUCAGCACUGGGGACUAUCUGCUGCAAAAUAUAGUAUAUCUAGAUUAUCUUUCAGUUAAACCAUGCCAAGUCUUCUUUCCUU